AGCCCACCCAGCUUUAUCCACCACUUUUCCACCCACACAUUUACCAACACCGCCAGAAUGCCCCCCAAGGCCCAGAAGACUCCCACCACCGGCGGCAAGGCCCCGGCCGGCAAGGCUCCCGCUGAGAAGAAGGAGGCUGGCAAGAAGACGGCCGCUCCCUCCGGCGACAAGAAGAAGCGCACCAAGACCAGGAAGGAGACCUACUCGUCUUACAUCUACAAGGUCCUCAAGCAGGUCCACCCCGACACUGGUAUCUCCAACCGCGCCAUGUCGAUUCUGAACUCGUUUGUCAACGACAUUUUCGAGCGCGUCGCCACCGAGGCGUCCAAGCUCGCUGCCUACAACAAGAAGUCGACCAUUUCCUCGCGUGAGAUCCAGACCUCAGUACGACUGAUCCUCCCCGGUGAGCUGGCCAAGCACGCCGUCUCUGAGGGUACCAAGGCCGUCACCAAGUACUCAUCUUCCUCCAAAUAGAGUGCUUGAUUUGAUGUUUGCUUCUUUGGGUUUCUUUUGCUUGUCUUUUGACAAGGUGGUUACGGGGUGACGGUGUUCAUGGGUCAUUUUCUAAUGUGAUCAUGGGUCGGUUUGCGUGUCCAUGCGUCAUCGUGUCAUGAUGGGUUGACACGAUCCAUCUGGGGUCUGUACAUUAUACCAAACGCAGACGGGAACGAAUCAAUUUUUUAACAUUCA